AAAGUCUCAAGAGACUUAAAAACUAAAACACAUCUCCACAAUCGAGCAAAAUCCCACCGACGAGAUCAGAUCCAAUCCCAUUGAAUCAUGGUUGACCCGGCGAACACCGUGGGAAUCCCGGUGAACCCGACGCCGUUGCUGAAAGACGAGCUCGACAUCGUGAUCCCGACCAUCCGAAACCUCGACUUCCUCGAGAUGUGGAGGCCGUUUCUUCAGCCGUACCAUCUGAUCAUCGUCCAGGACGGAGAUCCCACGAAGAAGAUUCACGUCCCCGAAGGGUACGACUACGAGCUGUACAACAGGAACGACGUUAACCGGAUCCUCGGACCGAAAGCUUCUUGCAUUUCGUUCAAGGACUCGGCUUGUCGGUGCUUUGGGUACAUGGUGUCUAAGAAGAAGUAUGUCUUCACCAUUGAUGACGAUUGCUUCGUUGCCAAGGAUCCAUCAGGGAAAGCAGUGAAUGCUCUUGAGCAACACAUCAAGAAUCUGCUCUGUCCAUCGACUCCAUUGUUCUUCAACACCUUGUAUGAUCCUUACCGUGAAGGAGCUGAUUUCGUCCGUGGAUACCCUUUCAGUCUACGUGAAGGUGUUUCCACUGCUGUUUCCCAUGGUCUCUGGCUCAACAUUCCUGAUUACGACGCCCCUACCCAACUCGUCAAGCCUAAGGAGAGGAACACUAGGUAUGUGGACGCUGUCAUGACUAUUCCGAAGGGAACGCUUUUCCCAAUGUGCGGUAUGAACUUGGCUUUCGACCGUGAUUUGAUUGGACCAGCUAUGUACUUUGGUCUCAUGGGUGAUGGUCAGCCUAUUGGUCGCUACGACGAUAUGUGGGCUGGUUGGUGCAUUAAGGUGAUCUGUGACCACUUGGGUUUGGGAGUGAAGACCGGUUUGCCAUACAUAUACCACAGCAAAGCGAGUAACCCAUUUGUGAACCUGAAGAAAGAAUACAAGGGGAUCUUCUGGCAGGAGGAUAUCAUCCCUUUCUUCCAGAACGUGAAGCUGUCUAAAGAAGCAACCUCUGUUCAACAAUGCUACAUUGAGCUCUCAAAGAUGGUGAAGGAGAAGCUGAGCCCCUUAGACCCAUACUUUGACAAGCUAGCAGACGCCAUGGUCACAUGGAUUGAAGCUUGGGAUGAGCUUAACCCACCAGCUGCUGCUACAGUCAAUGGCAAAGCUUGAGCAAAACCACCGCAGUUUUGGUUCCUUUAGCUCAAAUUAUCAUUUACUUUUCAAUUUCGGAUUUUACAAAACUCACUUUUGAGUACUUGUCACCAUUACUUUCUCGGUGUCCACAUCAGUGGUGGAUCCCUUUUGUUUCAUUAAUAAAAAGACUUUCCCAUUA